GCGACAACCUCUCACAUCUUACAUCUCUCACUUUAAUUGCAACGAAUUCUCGUUUGCGGUCUUUUUUUUAAUCUUGUCGCACAAAAGCUCGCCGACGACUUAUCAUUUGCCCCUCGUUUUACUUUGCUAAUUAAUAUAUCCUGCAUUUAUCAAAAUUCCUACCUUUGUCUAUACCGCUCUCAGCGGUCUGCACUAUGGUCAUGGCGACCGCAGUAGAAGCAAACAACGAUAGAGGUGUGGAGCUCGAUGAUAAUAUUUCACAAGGCAACAAGGACUCCAGCUCUUUGAUGCACGUUAUCCCGCCGUUGGAUACUUCGAAUAAUGGCCUUGAGUCGCUCAACAUGCGCGCCGACCCAGACGCCCAAGCCACCGUAACCGAUUUCCUCGAUUUUACAGAAUAUCUGCCAUCCGACAUGAUGCGAUCUCUUACCCUGAUUGGAAAGCUUGAUCAAGCCUACAUCGAUGCAUCAACUACUGUGAACGAUCUCACUACCGCAUGGGCAAAAUUACCGACACUCCCAGUCGACCAACGUCCUGCACCGGUCCAGCUGCGCAAAGAUAUAUCCGAGAAUCUGAACCGCGCUGUUAGCUCGCGCGUCUUCUCCCACGCUGAAGCCGUCCGUAUUCACGAGAACGUGAUUAGACACUAUAACCGAGCCAAGACUAUACAUGCGAAGCUACUGGCAAUGCGCGAUAACUAUCCCACCGCCGAGGAACAAAAGAGCCCCUCCCAGGUUAAGUCCCCACAAACAGUUCGCACCCCUAAGAUCACACUUCGGCUUGACAGCAAUGGACAAAAGAUCCAGAGGCCACCUCGAAUCACCGUUCCCGGGGAGGUGCUUGCGCCUUACGAAAUAGAUUUCAAUGCUUACAGCUCAUUGAGCGACGAGAGCUCCGAAGAAGAAGAGGAGGAGGAGGAGGAUAUACCCAUGUCACCUCCUAGGCGAGUCGCAACUCCGUCGACACGUAUCAAGGUGGUCAAGCUCCCGAAGUCUCCUAAGCCCCCUAAGCAGAAGAUUCCGAAGCCACCGCGACCACCCCGAACUCCGGCUAAUCGGUCUGAUAAUGCGGUUCCCAUGAUGUCCACGAGCACUGCCUUGGCGCAACUUCAGCCGCCUCCCGAGAACGCUGUUCCCGGCAGCGCUGACGCCCCGUGGCUCCAACUGACUCCUUAUGAACUUGCCAAGUUGCGUAAGAGGAUGAAGAAAAAUGCGGUAUGGAAUCCCAGCGAUACCAUGAUAGCUCGAGAGCUCAAAAACUUGGGUCGUGGCGUCGAAGCAUAUAGGGCCGCCCAAAAACAAGCUGAGGAGGAGGGAAAGCCGUUUGAAGCUACCCUUCCUACUCCGGUGGUUGACGCCGAGUCUGGAGCGAAACAUCCCCCCGAAGGUGCCAUUAGUGCUGAGGCUUUGACGGCAGACGAGGUACAGUUAAGCAACCGCGGUAUGAAAUUAAAUGAAGCCAAGAAGCUGAAACGUGAAUCAAUGGCAAGGAUCGCAGCCGAGGAAGCAGAAGAAUCAGCUAGGAAAAUGGUAGAAGCUGCUCGCAUGUUCCUUAACCACGAAGAUUCUCCGCCUGUAAACGGGAGUGCGCAGGACAAAGCCCCUGAGACGAGCCAGAAUCAAGGCAAGACCAAUAAGUCCAAGACCAGAAAGCGAAAGCGUAACUCGAUGUCGGAAACUCCCGUUGCAGAGAAACCUGAGGGAGUUCAGAGCUUACCGGCGAAUCAGCCGCCCAGCCAGACGCCCAGCCAACCCGAGAAACCCCCACUAAAGCGGACCAAAACUGAGACGCCUGUUCCGUUGCCCCAAUUAACUCCUCGGCCGCCAUCUGUGCCACCUCCGCCCCCGGCGCCUACUGUAUCUACCGCGCCAACAGAGACUCCGGUCCCUGUCCCUGUCCCGCAGCUCGGCAAGAUCCCUCAGGUGGCUGCUACGUCAAAGACGCCGGUACCUGUACCCGUUCCAGUUUCUUCGGAUACGUCUAUGAUGACUACUCGGUCUGCUGCUUCCUCGGCGGCGACGAGUCCAGCUCCGUCAUCUAAUAUUGCUACGACGAUACCCGUCAAGCCGUCGGCGGAGACUCCUAUUCUGCCUCCUAUCAAGACCUCGACUACGCCUAUUCCCCCUCCGCCCCGGGAAAUGCCCAAACGGGAAACUAGACAGAAUAUGCAACCAGCCCCGGCUCCAGUUUCAGCUAACCAUAGGCAGUCGAGUUCUCAAAACAAUACGCCUGCAACCACGCCUGCUCCCGAGUCCCAGCCUAUCUCCGUACGUCGGCCUACUUCACGCGGGAAGGCUGCGAGCCAGGAGCCCCUUCCAACCUUUGCGGCCGAACGGCCUCGGCGUACGAGUACCGCUAGAAACACCCCUGCUCCAGAACUGCGUCAGCCUAGCAAACGUACUAAGCGGCCUGCUCCAGGCGUCGUGACUACGAACUCGGGCGGCACUAGCGCUAUAGGAAAGCGUAAGGCAGCGCCACGUAAGAAAGCUCGCGGCGGUAACCCUAAGAAGGAGAGGGGUGCAAGCCAGCAGGCCGAGCAGGAAGUAGAGGUAGAGGUGGACGACGAUGGCAAUGUCAUCGAUCCCGACGAACCUAGAUACUGCCUCUGCAACAGAGUCAGCUUCGGCACUAUGAUACAGUGCGAUAACGUAGAUGUGAGCGCAACAAAGACUACUGCAACCCCAGCAUGUGGUGACAAGAAAGCACGCAAAAAGAAACUAACCAACCCCCACCUACAGAAUUGCAAGCAAGAAUGGUUCCACCUCGAGUGCGUGGGACUGACUGAGAUACCAGCACGCACGACGAAGUGGUAUUGCCCUGGAUGUCGCGAUCUGCUAAAAAUCGGAGGAAAGGGAGAAGUGACUUCGCGAGGCGUCAAGACGUAAUGCUUGAUCCUCACCGCUAAUCUGCUUCUAAUAAUUCGAGCAUUAUGGCUCACGCCCCUUACAAUCCUCAUCAUCUUUGUUUUCAUUCGGCAUGCGUUCCUCUUUACUGAUACCCGAUGUCGUUUAUCUGACUUUUCUUUUAAACCCAGUCGUUGACCAUUGCCCGGCAGACUGUCGAAUACCCAGCCUCGAUUAGUCUUGGCGUGCUAUCCCAGAUCCGCGGGGAUGCUAACAUGUAUACUACUCAAGAGGGCAAGGUUCUGGAUGGUCCGGCGGGUUCAAAAGGAUUAUAUUGUUUUGUGCAAACCAAAAGCUUCGAAAUUCUUACAUAUGUUAUAGCAUCACUUUCGUGGUUUACUCAUGCCGUCGCCAACAUGGGGUAUUCAAUUCAAAUUGUGUCUACUAUCAUCAUGUCUCUUCAGCUUAUCCAUUGAAGAGCCUAAUAUUCACGAGACCACCUGGACUCGAUAGCCCCGAAAUGCUUCAAGAAAUGGCAAAGCCUUAUAUUAUAAAGGUCUGGGGAUGAUACCGGUCGAGUUGUUCGGUUGUAGCCAGCCUGUAGAUAGUUAGAGCUACGAUAUUGGCUUGUAACUUUUAAAUGCUAGAUAUUCUUAACCUUGCGUAGCCAUGCAGAGAAAUGAUUUUAAAUCUGUAAUACUCUUAUACCCCAACAUACCCGACGACGGGGUGCUUAGUAAAUACCCCUCAUGCAAGAU